AUGAGCUCGGCGCGGGCGCUGCGCGGGGCUCGCCGUGCAGGUGGGGAGCAAAACAUGACAGAAACAGAUGCCUUCUAUAAAAGUGACAUGUUUGAUCCGGCCGAAGAGUACAAAAUGGACCACAGGAGGAGAGGCAUUGCUUUAAUCUUCAAUCACGAGAGGUUCUUUUGGCACUUAACGCUGCCGGAACGGCGGGGCACCAGCGCAGACAGAGACAACCUCACCCGCAGGUUUUCAGACCUAGGAUUUGAGGUGAGAUGCUUUAAUGAUCUCAAAGCAGAAGAACUGCUGCUCAGAAUUCAUGAGGUGUCAACUUCUAGCCACGUGGACGCCGACUGCUUUCUGUGUGUCUUCCUGAGCCACGGCGAAGGCAAUCACAUUUACGCCUACGACGCCAAAAUUGAAAUCCAGACAUUAACUGGCUUGUUCAAAGGAGACAAGUGUCAGAGCCUGGUUGGAAAGCCCAAGAUAUUUAUCAUUCAGGCAUGCCGGGGAAACCAGCAUGACGUGCCCGUCCUUCCUUUGGAUGAAGUGGAUCAUCAAACUGACAAGCUGGACACCAACGUAACGGAGGUGGACGCGGCCUCAGUUUACACGCUGCCUGCCGGAGCGGACUUCCUCAUGUGUUACUCUGUCGCCGAAGGCUAUUAUUCUCACCGGGAAACGGUGAUGGGUUCGUGGUACAUCCAAGAUCUGUGUGAGAUGUUGGCGAAAUACGGCUCCUCCUUGGAGUUCACAGAGCUGCUCACGCUGGUGAACAGGAAAGUGUCGCGGCGCCGAGUGGACUUCUGCAAGGACCCAAGCGCAAUUGGAAAGAAGCAGGUUCCCUGCUUUGCCUCGAUGCUAACUAAAAAGCUGCAUUUCUUUCCAAAAUCUAAGUAAGAGGCUAUUUUUAUCUUAAAAUCUACAUUCGAAAUAUCUUUUUCCCUUUUUUAUAUAAAUAAGGAUCACUAGGUUGAAGCACAUGGUACAGCAAUUUAAAAUAUUUUUAGGCUUAAUGCCCAGCAGAGAAUUGCCUUCUUUUCCACUUAAUAGUUCAUGUUGGACAUGGUGAAAGGGUUGCCUUUUUUCCCACUCAAUAGUUCAUGUUGGACAUGGUGAAAGGGUUUGAUAUGUAGAAACAUAAUCCUCAGAAAAUUACUAAAAAAAUCAAAUAUUACAAAAGCUUGUAGAUUUUUAUAGUAAACUGCAAGGUUAUACAAAA